AUGGAUUCAAAAGUAGAAAAUGGAGGUGUGAAUGAUGAUGAUAAAGGGUGGAGUUGGGGAAGCUCUAGAACUGUACCCAGUGUCCAAGAAAUAGUAAGAAAUGAUUCUCAGAGUGUUCCUGAAAGGUACAUACAAAAUCAAGAAAACAGACCUCUACAUUCUGAAACAAGUCCAGUUUCAUCUGAAAUCCCAAUCAUAAAUCUCUCUUUGCUUGAUAAUGGAGAUGAAAAUGAGCGAAAAAGAUUGGACUCCGCUUGCAAGGAGUGGGGUUUCUUCCAGAUAACAAACCACGGCGUGACGGACAAGGUGCUGCAUAAAAUGAAGGCUGCUGUGACAGCGUUUUUCGAUCUCCCUUUGGUAGAGAAAAAGAAGUACGCAAAGGCAGCAAAUGAUCUUCAAGGAUAUGGCCAAAUCUAUGUAGUCUCAGAUGAGCAAAAACUGGAUUGGAAUGACAUGAUUAUGUUGAUGACAUUACCAACUAACUGCAGGAAUAUGAAGUACUGGCCAACCACAAUUCCAGGUUUCAAAGAAGCAGUUGAAGAGUACUCCAUAGAAAUGCAGACGCUGACUAACCAGAUCUUUGCCAAUUUAUCAUUGGCAAUGGGCAUGAAAAAAGAGAGUCUAGAAGAGUAUCAUGGGGAAAUGAAACAGUCGGUACGACUUAACUACUACCCGACUUGCUCAAAUCCUGAUUUAGUCAUUGGCAUUAGUCCACAUUCUGAUGAGAGCUCCAUAACCUUACUUCUGCAAGAUGAUGAGAUUUCCGGCCUCCAAGUUAAGCAUGAGGGAGGAUGGGUUGUAGUAAAACCGAUUCCAAACGCAAUAGUUGUGAACAUAGGCGACGCUAUGGAGGUGUGGAGCAAUGGAAUGUAUAAAAGCAUUGAGCACAGAGUUAUUACAAAUGAGAAGAAGGCAAGAAUAUCUGUUGCAACCUUCGUUGUGCCAAACGAAGAAGUGGAAAUUGGUCCACUGGAAGCAGUGGUAGAUGAUGAUCACCCAAGACUGUACAGAACUGUUAAAUACGCUGAUUACAUUAAACACACUGUGACAAGGAAACAGGACGGAAAAGCUCAAACCGACUAUCUCAAGACACACAAUGUUUAG